AUGUUGACGAGAGGCACUCAGCUUUUGAGAAACACCACCACCGCCACCAAGCUCAUGCCCACCGUUAUCAGACAGAAGAACUUCUCUACCUCCGGCCCCCGCGGAGACUUGUACAAGUACCAGAAGGACUUGCCCAAGUUGCCGGUGCCCCCUUUGAACGACACCGUCACCAAGUACUUGAAGCUGGUCGAACCCUACUUGACCCCCGAGCAAUUGGCUGAAACUACCGCCAAGGCGCAAGCUUUCGUCAAGGGCCAGGGCGAACAGCUCCAGUCGAGAUUGCAAAAGUUCGCCGCCGACAAGGACAACUGGUUGGCCGAAUGGUGGGACGACUACGCCUACCUCGCCUACCGCGACCCCGUGGUGCCCGGGGUGUCGUACUUCUUCUCCCACAAGGACCUCACCAACGCCAUUGGCCAGGACCAAUUGCUUAAGGCCACCGUGUUGACUUACCACACCAUCAACUUCAUGUACGAAGUCAACACAGAAAACUUGGAACCCGAAGUGAUUAAGGGCAACCCCUUCUGCAUGAACGCGUUCCGUUACAUGUUCAACAACUCGCGUGUCCCUGCUGAAGGUGCCGACGUCACCAAGUUGUUCGACCCCGCUCAACACCAAUACUUUGUUGUCGCUUACAAGAACAACUUCUACAAGGUGCCCCACACUGUCAACGGCCAGCGUUUGACCAAGGCUCAACUUUACAACCACUUCCAAGCCAUCAAGAACUCGGCGUCGCAACCGGCUGAAGUUGCCAUUGGUGCGUUGACUCUGAUGAACCGUGACGAAUUGUGGGUCGCUUACCAAAACUUGUUGGUGUCGCCGAUCAACGAAGCCUCGUUGGAAACCAUCCACGCCUCGGCGUUCAUUAUCUGUCUCGAUGACACCUACCCUGUUACCAUUGAAGACAAGCUGAAGAUGUGCUGGCACGGUGACGGCAAGAACCGUUGGUUCGACAAGCCCGUCGAAUACUUUGUCGCUGCCAACGGUAACUCGGGUUUCCUUGGUGAACACUCGAAGAUGGACGCUACCCCCACCGUGCAAAUGAACAACUACGUUUACGACCAAAUCAAGAAGGAAGACCCCGCCAAGUUGAUCGCUGAAAUCCAAGGUAACUUCAACCGCGAAUCGGUGGAAAAGUUGCAAUGGGACAUCAACCUGCAAACCCGGGCUACCGUUGCUAAGGCUGAACUUGACUUCGCCGCCACUUUGGCGUCGUUGGACCACGAAACUUUCCAAUUCUACGGCUACGGUAAGAACCAAAUCAAGAAGUUCAAGACCUCGCCCGAUGCUUACGUGCAAAUGAUGAUGCAAUUGGCUUACUACAAGUUGACCGGCAAGGUGAGACCCACCUACGAAUCGGCUGCUACCCGUAAGUACUUGAAUGGUCGUACUGAAACCGGUAGAGUGGUGUCGAACGAAUCGAAGGCGUUUGUCGAAACUUGGUGCGACCCUAACGCCACCAACGAAGAAAAGACCGCCAAGUUCCAAGCCGCCGCUAAGCAACACGUUGCCUACUUGAGUGCUGCUGCUGACGGUCACGGGGUUGACCGUCACUUGUUUGGUCUUAAGAACAUGUUGCAACCGGGCGAACCCGUUCCUGAAUUCUUCACCGACCCCGUGUUCAACUACUCGCAAACUUGGUACAUCUCGUCGUCGCAAAUUCCUUCGGAAAACUUUCAAGCCUGGGGCUGGCAACAGGUUAUUGACGACGGGUUUGGUUUGGGUUACUUGGUAAACGCCGACUGGUUGCACGUCCACAUCUCGUGCCGCCGCGGCAACGGCUUGAGCUCGGCGGACUUGAAGGCUCGCUUGACCGAGCUGGCCAUCGAGAUGAAGCAAGUCUUGUCGUCGGUGCUUGAACCUCCUAAGGCCAAGAUCUAA